AUGCCGAAAAGGCCCCUCGACACCAUAGUCAUCGACGAGGACAUUGAAGAACAGUUUCCUGCGCAUCGUGCUUGUCGUCGAGUCAGCUUUGAUAGAGAUUUCGCUGAUCUACACGGUCUACCACUGGACUCCAGUGGCACUGGCAAGGACGCCCACAGCACCCUGCCCUCGCCGUCCGCGCAGCAUGAGAUUGAAGGUCGGAUCCCUCUAUAUUCCAUCACUGCCCCAUGGAAAGAAGAGCGUCUCAGGAGACCAGAGCUCCAGUCGCAAGAAAUUCCGUCCAUAGUUACUCUUCUUCAGGCUGGGAAAAACAUAAAUGAUCGGACGAUUCCAUGCUUGGAGGCAUCCUCAGAUAAAAACAUGCCUGCGCAUAUGAGUACCACUAGCCAAUCUAUUAGUUGUGUGGAUGAUCCUGCUGUCUCAAUGCAAUCCCAUAUUGGUUCAAAUUGUCCACAAGCCGUCUUAGGUCCGCCCGAUACGUCUCUGAUCAGCACAGCAUCAAAUGAAGGUCCAUCUAAAUUCUCUGUAUAUCGUAUACGUUUACCUGCCCCACCCGCACAAGCCCUCAUCGAGCUCGAUCAUCAAAAUUGCGACCCACAAAAGCCAGGAUCCUACCUUUUGUUUGCUUCGUUCACCUCAGCUGAACACGAAUCGUUUAGGCAAGCCGUGUCUGCCAUCACACGUCCUCAGGAUCAUAUUUCAUCUGUCGCCAGCUUGCCUUCUAUUGCACAAAGCUCCGUUCCAGUCAGUUCUCAGCCAUCUUGUUUUGACUCGACAGCGCCCCGUGAAGGGCAGCCUUCAUCAUUAAGUACUUUUGAGCAAUCUCGCGUGGCAAUAGGGGAUUCUGAAGGCCGUGGUGAAAAUGAGCAUAUACCCGAACAAAUGAUUGAAGUUUCUGGCGCAUCGUAUGUAGCAAACAGUGCGAGCGUUUCUUCAGCAAAAACUAAGGAUCAACCUCCACGCCGAAAAACAAGGCAUAUCGAGCUCAUCCUUGAGGACUUCAUCGUGCUGCUCCGAAAAUGCAUUGCAGGCGACUCGGAGGCGAUAUCACAUUUGAAAGAUAUAAUUAAGAAAGCUGGGGGCCUUGAACGAAUGACCUCUCUCACGAAACAAAUUGCGACGCAAACGGCAAUAUUGGCUGCCCGUAAAAAGAUGGAGGGUGAGAGUGGAACAAUUUUAGAGGAAGAGUUUUAUGCAGCAUGGUUUGUAGAUUGCAAAGACGUCACCCUGCUCAUGAGCACCAAGGUCGCGGGGAAAACCAAGCGGCUUUAUGGAAUGGGCAGAAUCUCAUAUACCAUGGCAUUCGCCCUCAUUGGCACGUACAUACUCGACAUCAACCUGGAAGCCCACACCGAUCCGUCGUCACCACAGGCAUCGUUACGGAUCUUAAAAUCCUCUUCCCCAGUGGAGCAUGACCGCGCACGCGUUGCACGAGAAGCCUGUAUGAGUGCACUAGACGACUUGGAUACAAUCUUCGCUGCCGCUAUCGCCCAAACGCGCGGAGAUAGCAGACGAAGUGGUCCAGCCGUACAGAGGAGAUUACAGGACGACAAGGGCAGACUGAAUGAUAUGGUCGACCUACUCGCUAACCGGCUUGGUAUCAGCGGUCCACGGAUCCUCUUACCGAAAAGUAGACGAGCGAUGGAUUCCUGGGUGACUAGCUUCAGCCCGCAGGCAGCUAAGGGUAACAGUGAGGAAGUGACCGCCGUCGAUAGUCAGAAUGCUCAGCCUGUAGCUGUAAUGGCUGCACUGUAA